AUGUCGAAAACCCUACUCCUACGCACCAAAACCACCCUACGCAAUUCCAAACCCGAUUCUUCUGCAAACUUUCCCAUUACAUCCCACAUCAAAAAACUCAUCAACGAGGUCUGUGAAAUUCUCGGAACCCAAAAUCAGUGGGAACAUAAUCUCGAAACCCGACUCUCCGAAGAAGAAAUAGUCCCAUCAGACAUUGCCUACUUGGUGUUCGAGAAAAUUCGUGACGCCGAAUUGGGUUUAAAGUUUUUUGAUUGGGUCGCUCAUCGACCCUACGGUUGUUCUCUUGAUGUGUUUGCUUAUUCAUCUCUUUUGAAGUUAUUGGCCAAGUCUAAAGUGUUUCCGGAGAUCGAAAUUUUGUUGGAUAGUAUGAAAUGUGAAGAGAAAUUGCCGACCCGUGAGGCACUGGAUUUGAUCAUUCAGGCUUAUUCAGAUUCUGGUUUGGUUGAUAAAGCUCUUGAACUGUACUCAUUUGUAGCUAAAACUUAUGGUUUUGUUCCUAAUGUGUAUGCUUGCAAUUCUUUGCUUGAUGCGCUUAUAAAGGAUUGCCGAACUGAAACAGCGCGGCAGAUCUAUGAUGAAAUGAUUCAAAGAGAUGACGCGAGGCAGAUCUAUGAUGAAAUGAUUCAAAGAGAUGACGGUAGUCAAAAUUGUAGUGUGGAUAAUUAUAGUACUUGUAUAUUGGUGAGCGGGUUGUGUAAAGAAGGAAAGGUUGAGGAAGGUAGAAAGUUGAUCGAGGAUAGGUGGGGACAGGAUUGUAUUCCUAAUGUUGUGUUUUACACUAUACUCAUCGAUGGGUAUUGCAGGAAAGGUGAUGUUGAAAGAGCUUAUGGGUUUUUUAAAGAGUUGAAGUUGAAAGGGUUUCUGCCUACGGUGGAGACUUAUGGGGCUAUGAUUAAGGGGUUUUGCAAGGAAGGGAAUUUCAAGGCAGCUGAUAGGCUUUUGAAGGAAAUGAAUUCGAGGGGUUUGAAAGUUAAUGUUAAUGUUUAUAAUAACAUUAUUGACGCUCAAUGUAGGCAUCGUUGCAUGGUGAAAGCAGUGGAGAUCACUAGACAGAUGAUUGAGAAUGGAUGCGAGGCAGAUAUUGUGACAUAUAAUACUUUGAUUUCUGGUUCAUGCAAGGAAGGGCAGGUCCAGGAAGCUGAGCGGUUUCUAGAGCAGGCAAUGAAGAAGGGACUGGUGCCGAAUAAAUUGAGUUAUACUCCUCUUAUACAUGUGUACAGCAGACUGGGGGAUUUUAACAAGGCCAUAAACUUGCUUUUUGAGAUGACAAAAAGGGGACAAAAAGCUGACCUGGUAACGUAUGGAGCUCUUGUUCAUGGGCUUCUUGUUGCGGGUGAGGUUGAUGUUGCAUUAACAAUUCGGGGCCGAAUGAUGGAAAGGGGAUUGUCGCCUGAUGCAGCUAUGUACAAUGUUUUGAUCAGUGGACUAUGCAAGAAGGGGAGGCUGCCUGAUGCCAAGCAGCUGCUUGUUGAGAUGCUUGACCAACAUGUGCUACCCGAUGCAUUUAUUUAUGCUACUUUAGUGGAUGGAUUCAUCCGAAAUGGUGACCUUGAUGAGGCAAAGAAACUCUUUGAGCACACAAUUGAAAGGGGAAUGAAUCCUGGGGUUGUGGGUUACAACACCAUGAUUAAGGGCUAUUGUAAAUUUGGGAUGAUGAAGGACGCGAUCUCAUGCUUCAAUAGAAUGAUGAAGCGGCAUAUUUCUCCUGAUGAAUUCACUUACUCCACAAUUAUAGAUGGAUACGUUAAGCAGCACGACAUAACUAGUGCAUUGAGGAUGUUUACGCAAAUGGUGAAACGAAACUGCAAGCCAAAUGUGGUUACAUAUACCUCAUUGAUUAAUGGGUUUUGCCACAAGGGAGACUCCAGUGGAGCUGAAAAUUUAUUUAGGGAGAUGCAAUCCCAUGGUUUAAUUCCUAAUGUUGUCACUUACUCUAUACUGAUAGGUAACUUCUGUAAGGAAGGUAAACUAGCAAAAGCGGCCUCCUUUUUCGAACAAAUGCUGAUGUGUAAAUGCAAUCCCAAUGAUGUUACUUUUCAUUAUUUGGUGAAUGGAUUUUCAAAUAAUGUGCCCAAAGCAGUAUCUGAGAAAGGAGACGAGUCUCAUGAGCACAAGAAGUCUAUGUUUCUGGAUUUGUUUGGAAGAAUGAUAUCAGAUGGCUGGAUUCCACGGGUUGCUGCAUAUAACUCAAUCCUUGUCUACCUUUGCCUACAUGGAAUGCUUAAAACCGCCUUGCAGUUGAGUGAUAAUAUUUUAAGUAAGGGCUGUCUUUCUGAUUCUAUCACCUUUGCUGCCUUGCUACAUGGUAUUUGCAUGGAAGGACGAUCAAAGGACUGGAGGAACAUUUUCUCAUGCAACUUGAAUGAGCAAGAGCUUUAUGUUGCUUUAAAAUACUCAUUGAUUUUAGACAAGUACCUACCUCAGGGAGCAACUUCUGAGGCUUCUCUAAUUUUGCAUACUUUGCUUGAAGAUUGCAAGUCUGACAUUCAAGAAGUGGAUGAUCGUAAAGUUUCGGCAACUCAGGGGAAGUAG